GCCUGCCGUCGUGCUGGCGCUACGUCGUGCCCGUGCAGGUCGUGGUCUGGCUCUCGCCAUAGCAGUGUGCCCGAGUGAGGAGUGAACGCCGCGCCCUCGCAACUCGCAACGGACCAACGGACUGAUCCCGCUGACUGACCCUCGGCCCGUCUCGUCCAUCAAACCGCGCCAAGACCAGGCACCUCCAUGUGUCAACGGAGCCUACCGCAAAAAUCGAUGAUGAUUAGUGGCAGCGGUAGCGGCAGUGAGCAGCCCUCUCGAAACUGGCACUAGGCUGUGAGGGCGCUGCAUCGGGAACGAUCCUCCAUUUAUCCGUCUUUGUGUGUGUGGGUGUGAGUGGCUGAAAAACUGAAAUCUUAACCGUGGCUUGACGGGUCCCAGGUCCCGGUCCCGGGCUGGGUCUGGGUGGCCGAGCCGAGUUUCCGAGGUCCUGCGUUGCUCCAGCUCACUCGCGGACACGCAUAAUGGCGAGACGGCUAGCGCUAGUCUUCAGUCUGGUGCUGGCCAGCAUACGAACCGCGGUGGUCGAUGGCAAAAGCUACAGGAACUACUCCGAUAUAGGCGAGCUGUCAAAAAACCAUGCCAGCCUGUCACUGUCGGACAUAUUGCCGACGCAUCAGAAAACGUACGACAAGAACCGGGCCCCGAAGCUGCUCGGCCAACCGACGGUGGUCUACUUCCAUGUGACGGUCCUAUCGAUCGACUCCAUCAACGAAGAGUCCAUGACCUACGUGGCGGACAUCUUUUUGGCACAAAGCUGGCGCGAUCCGCGUCUACGACUGCCGGAGAACAUGAGCGAGGAGUACCGGAUACUGGACGUCGACUGGCUGCACAGCAUCUGGCGGCCGGACUGCUUCUUCAAGAACGCGAAGAAGGUGACGUUCCACGAGAUGAGCAUACCGAACCACUACCUCUGGCUGUACCACGACAAGACGCUCCUCUACAUGUCCAAGCUGACGCUGGUGCUGUCCUGCGCGAUGAAGUUUGAGUCGUACCCACACGACACCCAGAUCUGCUCGAUGAUGAUCGAAAGCCGUAAGUAG